AUGCCUCCUAAACAUCGGCUGGAGCAGAGUAUACAGCCCAUGGCUUCUCAACAAAUAGUACCCGGUAAUAAGGUUAUUCUGCCGAAUCCAAAAGUAGAUGCAAAAUCUACCCCAAACAUUUCAGUUCAGAAGAGAAGAAGAGUCACCAGAGCUUGUGAUGAAUGUCGGAAAAAGAAGGUCAAAUGUGAUGGUCAACAACCAUGCAUUCAUUGUACCGUUUAUUCCUAUGAGUGCACUUACAGCCAACCUUCCAGUAAGAAGAGACAGGGACAAUCUCUGAGUCUGAGUGCUCCGUCAAACAUUAAUGCAACAAGUUCCGUACAAAAAUCUGUAAAACCUCCUGAAAUCGAUUUCCAAAGGAUGAGAGACGCACUCAAAUAUUACGAAGAUCUUUUAAACCAGUUGAUAUACCCCAACAGUGCUCCAACUGUUCGAGUUAAUCCGAUUCGUCUAGCAUCGAUCUUAAAACAAUUGAGAGCCGAUAAAUCAAGUGAUGAAUUAAUUUCAGUCAAGGCUCUUUCUGACAAUUACAUUGAGAUGCUUCACAAAACGAUGCAACAACCUGUACAGCAGCCAGCUCCUCCUUCAUUGGGGCAAGGAGGGUCCUUCUCUAAUCACAGUCCCAAUCAUAAUAAUGCUUCUAUUGAUGGUUCCAUAGAAUCUAAUCUAGGGAGGGAAAUACGUAUCAUAUUACCUCCGAGAGAUAUUGCGCUGAAGCUUAUCUACAAGACUUGGGACAACGCGUGUGUACUUUUCCGCUUUUAUCACAGACCCGCAUUUAUUGAGGACCUGAAUGAGUUAUAUGAAACAGAUUUGGCAAACUACACCAAUAAACAACAAAGGUUUUUACCUCUUGUAUAUUCGGUGAUGGCUUGUGGUGCUCUUUUUUGCAAGACUGAUGGGAUUAAUCACGGCCAAAAGAGCUCCAAGCCCAAAGACUCUUCUGAUGAAAGUCUCAUAGACGAUGAGGGUUACAAGUAUUUUAUUGCCGCAAGAAAACUAAUAGAUAUCACGGAUACCAGGGAUACCUACGGAAUUCAGACUAUUGUUAUGCUGAUCAUUUUUUUACAAUGUUCGGCUCGUCUUUCAACAUGCUAUUCUUAUAUUGGCAUUGCUCUAAGAGCUGCAUUGAGAGAAGGUUUGCAUCGUCAGUUGAACUAUCCUUUCAAUCCAAUUGAGUUAGAAACAAGAAAGCGUCUUUUUUGGACUAUCUAUAAAAUGGACAUCUAUGUCAAUACAAUGCUGGGGCUUCCAAGAACCAUUUCUGAAGAGGAUUUCGACCAGGAAAUGCCUAUCGAACUUGAUGAUGAGAACAUUAGUGAAACCGGAUAUAGGUUCGAUUUACAAGGUACAAAGUUAUCCAGUUCAGGAAUAGCCAAUGCUCACACUAGAUUGAUAUUCAUAAUGAAGAAAAUUGUGAAAAAAUUAUAUCCUGUCAAACUACAGAAACCAACCUCAAACAGUGGCGAUACCCCACUUGAGAACAAUGAUUUAUUGGCUCAUGAAAUCGUUCAUGAACUUGAGAUGGAUCUCCAAAAUUGGGUCAAUAGUCUACCUGCAGAACUAAAACCGGGGAUAGAACCACCGACCGAGUAUUUUAAAGCUAACAGAUUGCUUCAUUUGGCAUACCUGCAUGUCAAGAUUAUUCUCUACAGGCCAUUUAUUCAUUACAUCUCAGAAAAGGAUAAGGUUGGAAAUAGUUCUAUCCCUCCGUCGCCCGAAGAGAUCACUUCUAUCGAGAAAGCCAAGAAUUGUGUCAAUGUUGCCAGAAUUGUUGUUAAACUAGCCGAAGACAUGAUUAAUAGGAAAAUGUUAAGUGGUUCAUAUUGGUUUUCCAUUUAUACCAUUUUUUUUUCCGUGGCAUGUCUGGUGUACUAUGUUCAUUUCGCUCCACCGAAGAAAGACAAUGGAGAACUGGAUCCCCAAUACAUGGAAAUCAAGAAAGAUACAGAGAGUGGAAGAGAGGUCUUAAAUAUCCUCAAAGAUAGUAGUAUGGCGGCAAGAAGAACGUAUAAUAUUCUCAACUCUUUGUUUGAGCAGUUAAACAGAAGAACUGCAAAGGUCAACCUAGCAAAGGCACAGCAACCACCAUCAGGGUUGAAUAACCCAGCUGCUACCCAGUAUCAGAAACAGGGUGAACACAGGCAGUUACAACCAAGUAACUAUUCUGGAACUGUGAAAUCUGUGGACCCAGAGAAUAUCGAUUACUCUUCCUUUGGUUCUCAGUUUGAAAACACUAACAUCGAAGAUGGUUCCUCAAAUACAAAGAUUGAUCAGAAAGUGAAUGGGGUGAACUACAUCGAUGGUGUGUUUACAGGGAUCAACCUAAAUAUGCCUAAUCUCUCAGAAACUUCUAACACUCAAGGUAUCGAUAAUCCAGCAUUUCAAAGUAUAAACAAUUCUAAUUUGAACAAUAAUUUUGUACAAACAAAGUACAUUCCCGGCAUGAUGGACCAGCUAGAUAUGAAAAUUUUCGGAAGAUUCCUUCCACCUUACAUGCUGAACUCCAACAAGGUUGAACAGGGACAAAAUGAAAGGAACCUAUCAGGCCAACCAUCCUCGUCGAAUACUCCUGAUGGAUCACAACCUGUGACAGUUCUGGAUGGAUUAUACCCGUUGCAGAAUGAUAAUAAUAAUAACCACGACCCAGGAAAUUCAAAGUCUGUUGUAAAUAACAGUAACUCGGUAGAAAACUUACUACAGAACUUUACAAUGGUGCCCUCGGGGUUGUCAUCAACAGUGCAAAAUCCUGAAGCGGCCCAAAAAUUCAAUAAUCAUAUGUCAAACAUAUCGAAUAUGAAUGAUCCAAGAAGAGCUAGCGUAGCUACAUCAGAUGGAUCCAAUGACAUGGAUCAUCAUAGCCAAGGCCCGAUAAACAAAGAUUUGAAACCGUUGAGCAACUACGAGUUUGACGAUCUCUUCUUUAAUGAUUGGACCACUGCGCCAGAUACAAUAAAUUUUGACAGUUAA